GGCUACAAAGCAGCAGAAAAAGAAAAAGCCAGCGCACAAUAAGCGCUGUUGCUGCAGAGCGGUUCCCCCCUUCACACGCAUUUCUCACAGAGCUCAUCAUAAAACCAAAACAUCGGUCCGCGAUGCUCUUUUUGGGGUUGAUAUUUUGUAAAUAUUAUGUCUAAGAGAGAUUUUUUGGGGGGCUUUCUGUGCGUGAAAAGUUCCCGCAGAGCGCGCAGCUCCGCAGCCGCUGUCUGCUGCUGUAGAUGCUGAGGAACUUCUCCUCAAUAAAAGCUGUAACAGAUCCCCUCGGGCCCCAGUAACAUCGGCAUCAUGACUUCAUCCACCAAAACCUUGGAUGGAGGCUGGGGAUGGGCAAUUGUUGCUGCGUCUUUCAUGGCCCAGCUUCUGUCCUUUGGAUCCCCCCAGUCCGUGGGGGUCCUGUACCCCGAGUGGUUGCACACCUACCAGGAGAGCAAGGCCAUGACCGCCUGGGUGGGCUCUCUGGUGGGAGGAGUGGGAUUAAUUGCCAGUCCCAUCUGCAGUGCCUGCGUUGACAACUUUGGAGCACGCCCUGUCACCAUCUUCAGUGGUGUGAUGGUGGCAGGCGGCCUGAUGCUCAGUGCCUUUGCUCCAAACGUCCAGUUCCUCAUAUUUUCCUAUGGAAUUGUUGUUGGCCUGGGUUGUGGUCUUGUCUACGCAGCCACCUUGACAAUCACCUGUCAGUAUUUUGACAAGAGACGCGGCCUCGCCCUCGGCAUCGUCACCACAGGCACAAGUGUAGGCGCCUUCAUCUAUGCCACCGCUCAGAACGAGCUGAUUGUCCUUUACGGCCUGGAUGGCUGCCUGCUAAUCAUCGGAGCCAUAGCACUGAAUCUCAUGGCGUGCUCUGGUUUCAUGAGGCCCCUCAACAUGCCUGGGUACUACAUCAAGCAAAAGGCAGCCCUCGAGCGAAACACGGAGGAGCAGCUCUUCAUGAAGCCACCUUUUGAUGACCUCAAGAUUGCAGUGGGUUCAGCAACGACCGCUCCAGAGAAACCUCUCACAGUGAAGGAGUUGCUCAUCACCAUUGAUUCCAAGGACUUGACGAUUCAAACAGAGAAAAAAGAGGGUCCCUUAGCUGGAUUAGCCAUCAUGAAAGCAAUCAAGAAAAAACACAAGGCUUACUGCAAGUACAUGCAGUCAUUGUACGAGAUCUUGCAGGACCAAGAAAUGGUGGCCUUCUGCAUUGCCAUCUUCUUGUUUAGCUUGGGGGCAUUCCCACCUGUCCUCUUUAUUGAGGAUGUGGCACAGAGUGAAGGACUCAUUGAAGAAGUUAGCAUCAUUCCUCUUGUAUCAAUAGGGGCUAUCAGCACCUGCAUAGGCAAACUAGCACUGGGUAUUAUAGUGGACUUCAAAUGGAUCAACGGUGUCUAUCUAUAUGCCUUCACAAUGUUUGCAGGAGGUUUGGCACUGCUCCUUAUCCCCAUCACCAAAAGUUAUAUUGGACUGCAGAUCCUUACUGCCAUUCUUGGUUUCUUCUCUGGAAACUGGUCGCUCACUUCUUACAUUACCACUAAAAUCGUUGGCUUAGAUAGACUGACACAAGCUCACGGCAUCCUAAUGUUCUUCGGGGGAUUCGGAAUCAUGCUUGGGCCCCCUGUUGUUGGGUGGUUUUUCGACUGGACGCAGUCUUACGACUUGGCGUUCUACUUUAGUGGGAGCUGCGUGCUGUUGGGAGCAUUUAUCCUUUUUCUACUCAGCCUUCCCUGCUGGAACAGGAAGUCCUCUGAGAAUAACAAACCCGAAGUCCAAUACACCUGCACCUGUGAAAAAGUUGCCUCAGUUGCCUGAAUUUAAGCACCUUUCACAAAGAUCCCGGCACUUGCUGCUCACAGACUGUUUUUUUGGACUAUGCUCAAACAAACUCUUAGAGAUUUUUUUUCUCUAAAUAUGCUGGGGAGUCUUCUGUAUUUCUGCUGCCAGAUUUCAAUAUACCAGGUUCUCAGGUUCAACCCACUUACAGCAGAUAUUUAUAAAGUGUUGACUCUAAAUCCUUUUAUGAAUAUUUUUCUUAUUAUUACCUCAUUUUACGAGGUUGGUAGAACAAUGUUGGUAAAAAACUCAAAAAAUUUCUUUUUUUAUUGUUGACUAUUUUUUCCUUUGGGUCUUAAAAGCAUAAAAUUAUGCCACCUAUGAACAUUCUGUAAAACAGAGUGUAACACAGUAAAAUGUGAUGUUGAAACGCACACAUAAUCACCCAUUUUAAGGUAGACAAUAGUUAAUUAUGUGUUGGUUGUAAGCUUUUUUUUGAUACUCAUAAAGGGUAAGUCUGAUAUUGUAUUUUGGUCUCAGUAAGUGAUCACUCCACUCUGUAUGUUACCAAAGCAUCUAGGAUAACCAAUGCCUGUUAUCAAAUAAUGCCUGUUAAAUCAACGUACAUGCCUUGCUUUCUUCUUAUGUUUUCAUAUGUAAUUGCAUUUUGUUUUAUGUUUUACAAUA